AUGUCGGCAGUUCGCAAACCCCUCAAGAAAUCUAAUUUGCGCCGGAGUAUCGCAUUCGAAGAUCUAACACAAGAUGAAGACCAUACGUCGAAAAUCGAUACUCCCAGCGACGAUAGCUCCUUAAACAAACCCCCGAGCGUCAAAACGACCUCUUUCAAAAAGAAAAAGAGACCCGCAUCUUCCCGUCUCUCCUUUGGAGUAGGCGAUAUAAUAUCUGGCUCCGAUGCUGAGAAUCUCGAGGAAGAUGAAUCGUUUACGUUGGUGAAGAAACCUCUUUCGAGGAAGGUUACAGAGGGAAAUGCGAAGAAGAUUAAUACGAGGGUACCAUUGCCGAUGAGGACGAGGGAUGAAGAUGGGGAUGGAGAUGGGGAUUCAGAUAUGGGAAGACCGAGUUAUAGUAAAGACUACUUGAAAGAAUUAAAGAGCUCGCAGGCUUCUGCCAUGAGAGAAUUGGCCGAUGUAGAAGUUGGGGGAGGAGAAGAACCGUUCCUCGAUGCGAGUGAGCUGGAGGGAGCAAUGAUUGUGGAUUUACACGGGAACGGAGAUAUAGUUGGAGGAUUUGGAGGGAGUGCUGCGAUCAUACCUACCGAAGCGGAAAUUAGAGAAAAGAAAGAAAGAAGAGCGAGAAUGGCGAGGGAAAAAGAUUUCAUCUCGUUAAAUGAUGAUGAACCAGAUGGAGGAAGAAUUACCUCACUUCUUCCCCGACAAAAGAAACCAGAAUCAAGAUUAGUGCGCGACGAUAAAGAAAUCAUGGAAGGAUUUGAAGAAUUCGUAGACGAUGGACGGAUUUCUUUGGGGAAAAAACAAGAACGCGAGGAGAAACGACGUCGGAAGAAAGAAAUGGCAGAUCUGAUCCAACAAGCCGAAGGAAGCUCGGAUGAAGAAAGUGAUGAUUCAGAAGCGGAAAGAAGAGCCGCUUAUGAAGCUGCCCAAACGAGAGCAGGUAUGGAUGGUCUUCAUAAACAUGAUGAUGCGGCUGCCGCGAGGGAAGAAAAUCAGGUUCCGGCGAGAAUCACACCGAUUCCGGUGUUAUCGGAGUGUUUGGAAAGAUUACAGAAUACGUUGAGUACGAUGGAACUUGAAUUAUCUAAGCGAAAAAAGAAAAUUGAAGAAGGAGAAAAGGAAAAACUGGAAAUUGGGAAAAGGGAACAGGAAGUUCAAGUGUUGUUAACGCAAGCGGGUCAGAGAUAUGCGGCGCUCAAAGCAGAUGCGAGUAUCAAGGAAUUGGAAAUGAAUGAUGUGAAGGGUCUCGUGGAUGCUUCUAGCGAGAUGGCAAAAGAGAAGAUUGGAGCUGGUGAUAGGGGGUUGGAGAGCUUUGGGAAUACACCGGUGAGGAGGGACGAGGUUGUUGAUGGGUCUUGA